AUGCGAGGACCCCAGCAAGCACUAUUAGUAUUGCCUAUCUUGUACAUAUAGAAAUGUGUUAUACGACUACCCGACGAGCCUAGAUCAUUUAUCAAAGUCUGACAAGCAGUGGUGUGACUUUUGGGUCGAAAUGUAAAGGAAACGUGUCUCUGUGGAUGAGUUUCGUGGAUUGUAGCUAAACAAUCAGGCACUUGGGAGGUCCCCAAAGUUUUGAGCAGAGGUACACACGUGGGUUUCACUGAGAAGCGGAAAGUAAUAACAUUUAUACUGAGAUGGCAGAAGAUAUGUUGAUGCUGAACAUCACAAACUCAGCCCCAACCUUCAAUAUGGGGAACAAGAAAUUCAGGAGUCCAUUCAAGCUGGCGGAUAAAUGGAAGAAGAAAAAAGCAGAGAAACGGAAAGCGGCGGACAGACACCAAGAAGCCCCCCCAUCCAAGCAGAAAUCGCACACAGCCCCCCAGCAGAAAUCACACACAGCCCCCCAGCAGAAAUCACACACAGCCCCCCAGCAGAAAUCACACACAGCCCCCCAGCAGAAACCACACACAGCCCCCCAGCAGAAAUCACACACAGCCCCCCAGCAGAAACCGCACACAGCCCCCCAGCAGAAACCGCACACCCCUUCCCAGCCUUCCCAGACCCCCCGCCAGCCCACUCAGAAGAAGGAGCCCUCUGAUCACUGCCCAAAAAGCCCUCCCAUUGAACCGACAGAAGAAACUGCAGGGAAGAAGGUGUCGCAGACGCAGGCAGGGAAACGCGCCCAAAAGCCAACAGGUCCUCCUGGACCCCGUCAGAGGAGUCAGCCGGAGGACGGGAGAGGCGAAGACAGGCCAUUUAUCAAGACGUCGUCGCUCUUCAGAAAUAACCCCGACAUCCCAGACAUUCACAGGUCUGAUGUGACCCAGGUGAAGGAGAAGGUGUUCACCAGCGACUCCUUCGCAGAACUGGAGCUCCACCCCCACCUGCUGUCCACUCUCAAUAAUGUGCUGAAAGUGACUAGCAUGACCAGUGUACAGAAGGAGACCAUUCCUGUGCUUCUGAAUGGGAGCGAUGCGGUGGUGCGUUCACAGACUGGAUCAGGUAAGACCCUGGCCUACGGGAUACCACUGGUGCAGACUCUACAGGCCAUGCAACCUAAAAUCAAGAGAGGGGACGGUCCGCUGGCCGUCAUUGUGGUCCCCACCAGAGAGCUGGCCCAGCAGAGCUUCCAGAUCAUCCAGAAGCUUCUGAAGCCCUUCACCUGGAUCGUACCCGGGGUGCUGAUGGGAGGGGAGAAGAGGAAGUCGGAGAAGGCCAGGCUGCGGAAGGGGAUUAACAUCCUGAUCUCGACGCCGGGCAGACUGGUGGACCACAUCAACAACACGCUGAGCAUCGCGUUCAGCGCCGUCCGCUGGCUCGUCCUGGACGAGGCCGACAGGACUCUGGACCUGGGCUUUGAGAAGGACCUGACUGUGAUCCUGAACGCCCUCAACGCCACCGGCCCGGCCCGGCAGAACGUGCUGCUGUCCGCCACCCUCACCGAAGGUGUCUCUAGGCUAGCCAACAUCAGCCUGAAGGAGCCGGUCAAUAUCCAGGUGUCGGAGCAUUCUGCAGCGGUCGGGACGACCCCUGACCCCGGAGUGGUGACCCCUGACCCCGCGGGACCCGGCCUGACGGACAGCUUUGCGGUGCCGGAGAAGCUGCAGCAGCACGUGGUGGUGGUGCCCAGCAAGCUGCGCCUGGUCUGCCUGGCUGCCUUCAUCCUGGGCAAAUGCAAGUUUGAGUCGGGACACAAGCUGAUCGUCUUCCUGUCCAGCUGCGAGGCGGUGGAGUUCCUGCUCAGCCUCUUCACCUCGGUGCUGUGCGGGAAAGUCGACCCCUCCGCCCCGCCCGGACAGCGCCCCCCGUUGGCCUUCCUCAGGCUGCACGGCAACAUGGCGCAGGAGGAAAGAACCGAGGUGUUUCAGGAGUUUUCUCAGAAGAAGGCCGGCAUCUUGCUCUGCACGGACGUAGCAGCUCGGGGGCUGGACCUUCCCCAGGUGACCUGGAUUAUACAGUACACCCCCCCGAUCUCGCCAGCGGAGUACGUGCACCGCGUGGGCCGCACCGCGCGCAUCGGGACCCGAGGGAACAGCCUCCUCUUCCUCACUCCUUCCGAGACCGCCUACCUGAACGUGUUGGCCAAUCACAACAUCGGCUUGUCAGAGAUGAAGAUGGAGGACAUUUUGGCGAACCUCAUGCUGGACGAUCGCUUCAAAGGCAGAGGGAGGUGGGACAGCAAGAGGAGUUCUGGGGCCCUGCAGCAGGAGAUUCGGGAAAGGGCCACAGUCCUGCAGACGGACUUUGAGAACGUCGUUCACGCGAACAAGGACUCCGUGCAGACAGCCAAGAAAGCUCUGCAGUCCUUCCUGCGGGCCUACACCACCUACCCGGCGAGCGCGAAGCACAUCUUCCACAUCCGCCACCUCCACCUGGGCCACGCCGCCAAGAGCUUCGGCCUCAGGGACGCCCCCCAGGGCCUGUCCAGCGCGGGGGCGGGGCCACGCGGCGCCAAGGCGAAGGGCAAAGAGAAGGGCAAGGGCAAAGAGAAGAGAUCCCCCAGGAAGCUGAGCGGAAAGGAGCGCGUGGCCAACCUCAUGCGCUCGGAAUACGCCAGCGGCGCGGCAGGCGACUCCGCCCCCAAGAAGAAGCGCAAGAAGAAGAAGCAGCAGCAGCAGCAGCAGCAGGCAGCCGAAGGAGACCAGGGGCAGAACUAGCGGCGCCGGGCUCACGGAUACCCCGGCAGGCUGCCCCCCCCCCCCACCCUCGCCCGCCCCCCAACGCGGAGAGCUGACUGUGUGCCUCACACGCGCUCGCCAGACCGCACAGCGCACCGCGUGACAGCCGAGCUCUGGACCGAGAUUAUCUGUGCCCAAAGGCCGUGAUGCAGGAAGCGGCGAGCGAUUCCCCUGCCCAAUCAGCACGCAGUGGGUCUUCCUGAUUACAUCUUUAUAAUACAUCAGGCAUGUUGGUAAUAAGCGACUCACCUGCCUGUAAUUUGGGGCAGUCACACACAUCUAUCUCAGUUACGCGCGCUGUUUUCUGCAGACCUGUCUGAACAAGGCAGGCCUGACACAGUAGAUUUCUGAAGCCAACGUUUGAGCAGGGGGACCAAAAGGGGUGUGGCAUUUCACCCCAGCCCCAACGGCCUCCCUGACCAACCCACCCUCCCGCUCCUGUCUCAAAUGUGUGGCCAUUGGCUAAUCAACAUGCCCAAACCAGACACAUGCUGCCAGUGGUGAGUGCUGUUAGCUCUAGUGCAAGAGAUCGUUGUUUUUUAAUUUCAUUUUAGUGUGGGGAAUUCCAGACUUAGUCAUUUCUCAAAUACAAUGGACGGACAUUAAAGGCUCAAAGCAUCUAA